UUUUUCAUUGGAAGAGGCCGAUUUCCAACUCUUUAUGCUUGUCGUUGAUAAUGGGGACGGGGAGAUCGCUUUAACCGGCAUACGGAAUUCUCACGCCGUAUUUUCAACGCACAAUUUGGAAUUCCGAUUAAUUUCACCCAAACAGCCUCCGAUUCUUCAACCCCAUUCUGCCGCCGCCGUUGCCGCUGCCGCCGUGGACUUUGGAUUAGGGGCCCCCUUCUCCGCCGUCCGCCCCAGCUCUUUCACCAUCGCCGCACUCCUCUCCGGCCGCCGUUGCAGAAUCCAACUCCUCUUCCGCCGCUUCAACUUCCUCCCUAUCAACUCCACAGUUCCUGAAGAUCUGGACUCCAAUUUCUGCUUUUCAUGCUCUUUUUGACUUCUGGUUAUUAGGGUUUUCUCACUUCCUUUGGCGUACUUGUGCUGAAAUUUGAGGCUAUAGCCCUUGAACAUUAUCCUGCUUGCUUGCUUGCUCUGGACCACAUAUUGCCAUUAGAAAUGGUUCAAUUGAAUACCUCUUAAAAUUGAACCUUAAAUUCAGUGUUCAAUGGCUCGUAAGGGUAAUCAACAGAAAACAGGGUCAGAGCGCCAUGCAUCAAACAGUAAAAAAAAAGGUUCAGACUUGCAGUCCAAGGGGCAGGGAAGAGCACGAGAGAUAAAGGUAUUUCCUGGAGCGGAACUACCAAAUGACAACCAGCAUAGUAAAUCCUUUGAGGAAGGUGUGGUGAAUAGUGACUCUGGAGAGGUUAUGAAGGAUCUAAAAAAAUCUGCAAAGUCCUUGAGAAAAGAAAAACAAGGAAUGGAAGGACUUCAUGCUUCAGAGGAACCAACAUUUCCCCCCGAAGAAUCUGGGAACUGCAAUGGAAAUAAUGGGGGCUCCGGUAUAGGUGAACAAUACAAGGGAUCUACAGUUGACAAGGAGCAGGUUCAUUUAGAUGGUAGUUUCAACUUCUUUUUGAAUGGAGAACACAUCAGAACUGUGAUGGAUAAUCUGAAUUUUUCAGAUAAUGUUUUGGUGAAAAGUUUCGUGGAAUCUAUGUCAUCAAUAUUUGAAGCAGCUCAUGUGUUUCUGGAGCAACAUAGACCUCUGUUUAAUUCUAUGAAGAACAAUUUACUAAAGUCAAGUGACUAUGUGGUAAAGAAGAUUAUGACGGCAUAUCCUAUUCUUCUGAAAUGGAUGAUUCAUUUUGGGAACAUAAUGCUUCUCUUAUCAAUUGUUUGGUUGGACUGUGCCCUCAGGGGCAUCGAUUCCUUUAUUCGUAUGGGGACAACAUCCUUCUUUGCAGUUAUAUGGUUCUCCAUUCUUUCAAUGAUUGCAAUGGUUGGAAUUCUUAAAUUCCUUGUGGUUUUGGUAGUAGCUGCUUCCCUUGGAAUUUUUGUUGGGUUUGCUUUUGCUAUUUUGGUCAUCGCCAUCUCUGGAGCAGCUUUCCUUUGGUUUUACGGUAACUUUUGGACAACAAUGGUGAUUAUCUUUCUUGGAGGAUUGGCCUUUAUAUUGAGCCACGAACGAGUUGCACUUUUGAUCACCACUUUGUAUUCGGUUUAUUGUGCUUGGGUAUGCACUGGAUGGCUUGGUUUGCUUUUGGGCCUGAAUUUGUCAUUUAUUUCAAGUGAUGCUCUGAUUUAUGUCCUAAAGAACAACAUAAAUGAGCAUAGGAGAUCAAACAGAUAUCCUGAACAAACAGCUGGGAUGAAAGAUCAGCCUGGUUUCUUUCACGAUGAUCCUAUGCAAGCAUCAUCUUCUGAAUUUAGUGGUACAGGUUUUGCUGCUGAUCGGUGUCCAGGCACACCCUCAACUAGUGGAGCUGAUUCUGAGAUAUCUUCCGAAGAUGAAGUCAUUCGUUUGCUGAAUUGUUCAGAUCACUAUGCAGCUUUAGGAUUGUCUCGGUAUGAGAACAUAGAUCCUUCCCUACUCAAGAAGGAGUAUAGGAAAAAGGCAAUGUUGGUCCAUCCUGAUAAAAAUAUGGGCAAUGAAAAGGCUGCAGAAGCAUUUAAGAAACUUCAAAAUGCUUAUGAGGUUUUACUUGAUUCGAUAAAGCGAAAAACCUAUGAUGAUGAGCUGAGAAGGGAAGAGCUGCUAAACAUUUUCCGCAGGUUUCAGAGUGAUUCACAGAAGAGUGGUCCAUUUGGAUUUUCACGUUCAGCAACAAAUAGAGAAGAUUCUUUUGGUGAAUCAAGACGAAUAGCCUGCAAAAAGUGCAACAAUUUUCAUUUAUGGAUACACACUAGGAAAUUGAAAUCUCAAGCAAGAUGGUGCCAGGAAUGCAAAGAUUUUCAUCAAGCAAAAGAUGGGGAUGGGUGGGUGGAACAAUCUUCCCAGCCUUUUCUUUUUGGAUUGCUGCAAAAGGUUGAUGCUCCUUGUGCAUAUGUAUGUGCAGAGAGCCGAAUAUAUGAUGCUACCGCAUGGUAUAUUUGUCAGGGAAUGAGAUGUCCAGCCAACACUCACAGGCCAAGUUUUCAUGUAAACACCAGUGUAACCUCUAAGCAAAACACCACUAGAGGAUCAAGUUCUAGCCAAAGAGGAGGCCAAAUGCCUGCAUCAAAUAUAGAAGAGAACAUGACAGAAGAAGAGUUCUUUGAGUGGUUUCAGAAUGCUAUGCAGACAGGCGCAUUCGACAACGUCGGUGGCAGCGCCAUGGAGAGCCCACCGACUAAAGCAGGAGUAAAUUUUAAUAAGAACAGUAGCAAUAGUGGCAGUGGUAACAAGAAAAAGAAGAAGGGAAAGAAGCAAUGGUGAUUAUUGAGAGGUUAUUUGGUUAAACCUGCUAAUAAUUUUGAAGUGUUUGGUAGCGAGUGAUUAUUAAAUAUACAACAAGGUAAGGUAAGGUAAGGUAAGGUAAGAUAGCUCCUAUAGGAAAAUUUCAAUAUUGAUGGUGUAGAGAAGAAAGUAUUGAAGAGGCCCUAAAGGGAAGGAUGGCAUCAAGAGUUUGUAUAUAGAGAGCGUAGCGGAUAACUGUCAUAAUGGCCUGAUUUACCCCAAAGUUUAGACAGGUUGGAAAUAUGUAUCCAAGAAUCCCUAAGGUAUUGCACUAACCUUAAAUAUGAAGAACUAUUUGGGAAGAUGACCUCAAUAUGGCUGUUUCCUCCAUUGACCCCCAUUGCAUAUUUCGCAACUUUCCCCCUACAUGUGAAACGACCUUUUUUGGGGACUAGCCCACUUCCCAUUACUCGACGAAAGAAAUUGAAAUGUUUUUUCUUCUAUUGGAAUACAGAUGAGAUAAAAGAAAAAAGGUCAUCAUUCGAGUAAAUAAUGCAAUAGAGUUUUAUUUUCUUUACCA